AUGUCAGAACGAGAGACACGGCCCUUUGUUUCGCGACGUCGGGCAUUUGUGCCGCGCCUAGACCUCAGCCGAGUCACUUCACAAACACGCGCGUUACUGGCGGCCGAGGACGCAGUGAACCUCGGAGGUGCCGGCAGCGUGGCGGGUCUCAACUCGUCGACAGGGACGUCGUCCGCAUAUGCUGACGAGGGCGAAAGUGAGCAAAUGUCCGCGUGCACUGGGCGGAGCGAGCGCGAGACUCCGGGCGACGGCGAGGAAAUCGACAGCGCCGAGCAAGUCUGUCAGCGGCUGGUGGAGGGUGACGACUGCGGCCGCAGGGCGGUACAGGUGCUGCAGCAGUGUGAACGGCUUCAGGCUGCGGCUGGAGUCGCCACCCCGGACGCAGCGCGCUCGCAGUCGAUUUCCACGUGUGUCGACAGUCCUGCGCUGCAGCUGCCCCAGCCCUAUCUGCAGUUGCCCGUGGAGUCGGUGGCGGCGGCUUCGACGCAGGGAGCUGAGAACGGUCUACACCCUGCCCCGCGACUGCGACGCUGUGCAGGCGAGCGCAUUCAAUUUCAUCCGGGCCUCGGUGUAACACACGGUGUAACUCACGGAGGAGCGCCGCCCUGCAACUCAACAACUGUGUUCGUACCAGAAACAGAGCAGGGCGUGUCAGAGAGAGACAAGCGCCCCCGGGUCUGGAGCCGUCCGGCAUUUGUGCCGCGCCUAGACCUCAGCCGAGUCACUUCACAAACACGCGCGUUACUGGCGGCCGAGGACGCAAUGAACCUCGGAGGUGCCGGCAGCGUGGCGGGUCUCAACUCGUCGACAGGGACGUCGUCCGCAUAUGCUGACGAGGGCGAAAGUGAGCAAAUGUCCGCGUGCACUGGGCGGAGCGAGCGCGAGACUCCGGGCGACGGCGAGGAAAUCGACAGCGCCGAGCAAGUCUGUCAGCGGCUGGUGGAGGGUGACGACUGCGGCCGCAGGGCGGUACAGGUGCUGCAGCAGUGUGAACGGCUUCAGGCUGCGGCUGGAGUCGCCACCCCGGACGCAGCGCGCUCGCAGUCGAUUUCCACGUGUGUCGACAGUCCUGCGCUGCAGCUGCCCCAGCCCUAUCUGCAGUUGCCCGUGGAGUCGGUGGCGGCGGCUUCGACGCAGGGAGCUGAGAACGGUCUACACCCUGCCCCGCGACUGCGACGCUGUGCAGGCGAGCGCAUUCAAUUUCAUCCGGGCCUCGGUGUAACACACGGUGUAACUCACGGAGGAGCGCCGCCCUGCAACUCAACAACUGUGUUCGUACCAGAAACAGAGCAGGGCGUGUCAGAGAGAGACAAGCGCCCCCGGGUCUGGAGCCGUCCGGCAUUUGUGCCGCGCCUAGACCUCAGCCGAGUCACUUCACAAACACGCGCGUUACUGGCGGCCGAGGACGCAGUGAACCUCGGAGGUGCCGGCAGCGUGGCGGGUCUCAACUCGUCGACAGGGACGUCGUCCGCAUAUGCUGACGAGGGCGAAAGUGAGCAAAUGUCCGCGUGCACUGGGCGGAGCGAGCGCGAGACUCCGGGCGACGGCGAGGAAAUCGACAGCGCCGAGCAAGUCUGUCAGCGGCUGGUGGAGGGUGACGACUGCGGCCGCAGGGCGGUACAGGUGCUGCAGCAGUGUGAACGGCUUCAGGCUGCGGCUGGAGUCGCCACCCCGGACGCAGCACGCUCGCAGUCGAUUUCCACGUGUGUCGACAGUCCUGCGCUGCAGCUGCCCCAGCCCUAUCUGCAGUUGCCCGUGGAGUCGGUGGCGGCGGCUUCGACGCAGGGAGCUGAGAACGGUCUACACCCUGCCCCGCGACUGCGACGCUGUGCAGGCGAGCGCAUUCAAUUUCAUCCGGGCCUCGGUGUAACACACGGUGUAACUCACGGAGGAGCGCCGCCCUGCAACUCAACAACUGUGUUCGUACCAGAAACAGAGCAGGGCGUGUCAGAGAGAGACAAGCGCCCCCGGGUCUGGAGCCGUCCGGCAUUUGUGCCGCGCCUAGACCUCAGCCGAGUCACUUCACAAACACGCGCGUUACUGGCGGCCGAGGACGCAGUGAACCUCGGAGGUGCCGGCAGCGUGGCGGGUCUCAACUCGUCGACAGGGACGUCGUCCGCAUAUGCUGACGAGGGCGAAAGUGAGCAAAUGUCCGCGUGCACUGGGCGGAGCGAGCGCGAGACUCCGGGCGACGGCGAGGAAAUCGACAGCGCCGAGCAAGUCUGUCAGCGGCUGGUGGAGGGUGACGACUGCGGCCGCAGGGCGGUACAGGUGCUGCAGCAGUGUGAACGGCUUCAGGCUGCGGCUGGAGUCGCCACCCCGGACGCAGCGCGCUCGCAGUCGAUUUCCACGUGUGUCGACAGUCCUGCGCUGCAGCUGCCCCAGCCCUAUCUGCAGUUGCCCGUGGAGUCGGUGGCGGCGGCUUCGACGCAGGGAGCUGAGAACGGUCUACACCCUGUCCCGCGACUGCGACGCUGUGCAGGCGAGCGCAUUCAAUUUCAUCCGGGCCUCGGUGUAACACACGGUGUAACUCACGGAGGAGCGCCGCCCUGCAACUCAACAACUGUGUUCGUACCAGAAACAGAGCAGGGCGUGUCAGAGAGAGACAAGCGCCCCCGGGUCUGGAGCCGUCCGGCAUUUGUGCCGCGCCUAGACCUCAGCCGAGUCACUUCACAAACACGCGCGUUACUGGCGGCCGAGGACGCAGUGAACCUCGGAGGUGCCGGCAGCGUGUCGGGGCUCAACUCGUCGAACGGGGCGGCCUUACAUUAUGACGAGGAGGCGGGGCGGGAGUGCGUGUGUGAGAUAGAACUUAUGACGAAGUCAGUGUUUUCAACCGUUAACGCUUUUGCAGCACAUCAGUCGAGGAUGGUGGUUAGCGGCGACGCCGCUGUUGCACAUCUCCAGGGAACGCAGCAGAAUUCAGGAGUGUCUUGGCAAGCGCAUACGGGUAGUCACGGUUUCAACGGGGGCGAGAAACCAAAUUGCGUAGCGAGGGGAAGCAUCAAUUCCGCACUUCCAUCGAGCACCGGACUGGCACGAGAGGUCAUGGCCAACUCUCAAGGCCCUGUAAGAUAUGGAGAGGCUCUCGGCAAUGUUCUGCAACAACGCAGCUCGCGGCUUGGAGCUGGGCCCGAGGAUACUAGGGCACGCCCUUUUGACGGGGCGCACUCGCAACUGGUUUUGCCCGCGGAGUCACCUGGCGUCCCCUUCGGCCUGAACAGGCCUAGCGCGGUCAGGUCUACCGCGGAAGAGAUGGGCGCCGGCGCAGGAUGCGACGAAAACCUUGACAGCAGUGAUCAGGGGGCGCGAAUAGUGGCGCGAGCCGAAAAAAUGGGCAUAUCAAAGGUGGUGUCGCCUCGACUAAAGGUGGCACGACCGGAAGCAGAAAAUGCAAACUGCGAAGAGAGCAAACGUCCGGCAAAUGCGCAAGGUGACAGAAUCCUGACGACGCAGCCGCCUAGCAGCGUGGAGGCCGCAGAACAGAUUGACGGCCUUGCGGAUGGCGUUAGCAACACACAGCCCGUGUUUCAGGCUCUCAGCAAGCCGCUAGGGGGAGCAGCGGGAGGGGCCGCAGGUAUCGGGAGCCCCGGUGUCAGAGACCCGGAGGCAUCGCGGAGAUUCCCGGAUUCUGUUGACGAGGCUAGUCUCGACGGCGCCAGCCCUAGGAAGCACGAAGGUCCUGACUGUGGAGUGGGUGUGAGCGAGCCCACGCAAGGUCUGUUGAAACGGUCAAAUCAGACGUUGGCGCAAGAACUGGGGCCGUUGAACAGCCGCCCCGGCACGUCUGUAUUGGACAGCCCGGAAAUGCAGGCGACACUGCCCGAGGCUCAUAUACAGCUGGAAAAACCGUCUGGACCAAUUUCACACGGUGUCCAUGGACAGAUACAAGUAUGCGAGGCUUUACGCCAGCAGCCGGAGCCAUCGGACGACCGGCCCAGUCUGCGCCAAGGCGCGUGGGGGAGGAGAGGCACCGGAGACGGACCGGCUAGUGUGUUGGGAUUGCAGGAACGCGCCGUGAACGGAGGCGUGGAACAUGCGGCACGGGCCCUGUUUUGUUCGGGCUUCGGGUCACGGCAAAACGGCACGCGGACGUCAGGGAUGUGCACACGGAGGAAAUAUGUGGAUCUGUCGCCGUCCGUAAAGAUGCCUAAUGCAUCUGGCGAGUACGGACACCAGUGGGACAAGAGCGUCUAUCUCUGCUGUCCGCAAGUCGCUGCACAGCCGCCCCUUGUACCGGCACUAUUCCGCACAUCCGAUACCACGAGAGCAGAAUGCGCUACCGGCUUACAUGAGACAGAAGGCGGGCAUCGUGACGCCAUCUCCUCGCCGUUUGUUGUCGGUCAUGCGACGACAGCGUGCAGGCUCGGGGCCACACUCGUGCUCCCGACAGUGGUCGCUCACACAAUCACCACCACACAUCCGCACUCUAGCGCGCCCACCCACGAAAGUGGUGCCGACCUGUCCGCUUCCCCCCCAAAGACGUCUUCCUAUAUCGCAAUGCCCUGUGGCGACCACGUCCGCAUCAGCCACAACACCGACAAAAAUCCCGCCGAUGUCUGCCCAGCUUGCGUCGAGGUGGCGCCCCCAAGUCCUCAAGCGCGAGAGCGAGCAACCUGGCCUCAGCUCCCCUGCUGGUGUGGCGGUACGCUUCCUGCAGAAGCGUAG